AUGACAGGGGAUGUUAUUAGUUGGUUAAGUCAGUGUGCUAAAGACUUGUCAUUACCUCAGUUCAGAGAACUUUUGUUUUCUCUUUGGGGUGUUUGGAAGGAAAGAAAUGAUAGAGUUUGGAAUCAAAAGAGGCUCGAGGCCUGGGAUGUUAGCUUGGGGAUUGUUUCUCGGUUAAAGGAGUUCAGAUUUCAUAAUCAGAAACCUCCCCGAUCCAAAUCUGUAUACAGAGCAGUGUGGAGGACACCCCCAGUAGGUCUGGUUAAGAUAAAUGUGGAUGGUGCAUUUCAUCAUGUUACUAGGAAAGGUGGACUGGGUUUUGUAAUCAGAAACGAGACUGGAGUGAUGUUAGGAGGAGGGGCUUGGUCUGUGAGUGGUUUGCUUUCUUCGGAACACGCUGAAAUUUUGGCAUGCAAAGCUGCAUUAGAGUUUGCAGGGGAGCACGGUUUUGGUCCAGCUAUACUGGAAAUCGACGCAUUUGAGGUUCAGCAUCAACUCUCGAGGUGUGCUUCAGCUAACUUAUCACUAUUGGGCAGAAUCUAUGAUGAUGUAGGGAUACUUUUGAAGUCCCAUAGUGUGGUGCAGGUGUUACAUGUCAGUCGGCAAGGAAAUGGGAUUGCGCAUGUGUUGGCUACCUAUGGUCACUCUCUUAGGCAGAAUGCUUUUUAUUUUUCAGUUCCAGAUUUCUUACAAGUUGUGAUUGCAGCUGAGCUUUGUACUUUGUAG